AUGUCGCGGUACCCUAAUAGUGGUAACGCUUCUCAACAACAGUCUUAUUCUAUACCACCUAUAAAUAUCGGAAGUAACUCUCCACCGUUGUCUACCGCAACUUCUAUUUCAAUAUCUUCGCGUUCUCGAUACGAACUACAGGAACCUUAUCAGCCUUUAUUCACUUCUCCCAAAAUGACCACGCAUCCAACUUUACCUCCCAUUAGCGCUCUCUCGUGUGACUUUUUACCACCAUUAUUAUCUUCAAGUCAACAAGGAAGUAAUUCUUUUCAUUAUAGAAAUCAAACAAAUGUUGACAGGCAUGAACACUCUCGCUAUACGAGUGGCGGUGGUAACGGUGGUGGUUUACUUUCCUUAAGUACUCAGUCGGCUCCUUCCACACCUUAUCCUGCGUCUCCUUAUCCUUCAUAUUUAACGUCGCCUCUACAGACUCAACCACCCCCUAUUCCACAACAAUCUUAUUAUCAACCACAGCAACCACAAAGAUCCCCUCCUACUUCGUAUUAUCCUCAACAAAAUUAUUCCUCUUCUUAUCCUCCAGCCUAUCAACGACAAUCAUCGCCUCCUCCAUCACGUAGGCAGCAGCAUCAUCCAUCUCAUUAUUCACCUUAUAGUGUACCUCAAAUUUCACCACAAAGUACCCAUUCUCAUUCACCUUUUCCACAACAAUCUCAACCUUCUGCACAUAUACAACAACAUGGUAUUCCACCCAUACGUCCUUAUCAAAGAAGUCACACUUCUCAAACCGUUAUAUCAGAACCCUUUGUAACAGUUACUCCUGAGUUAAAUAAUAGGCCGCCCAGACGGCGUAGAAGACCUCCAUUUUCUUAUUCUUCAUUAAUUGCUCAAGCUAUUCUGGAUUCUCCAGAUAGAAGAUUAACUUUACGUGAAGUUUAUCAAUGGAUAAUGGAACGUUAUCCACAAUUAUACAAAGCUGAUGAUACUGGUUGGCAGGUUCCUCGUUCAGAUACGGAACUAGGACAUUCUACAUCUUCAUCUGCAGCAAGUAAAGGCAAAGGAGGUUAUUGGACAAUUGAUCCUGAAUACAUGUCAGCUUAUCAUGAUGGUGUAUUCGCAAGGGGUGGAGUACAAAAACGUAGACCUGGUGAAGUUGGUUUACAUCCAGGAAUGAAUAAUUCAGGAUUGGGAGAUGAAGAUAGUGCCGGAAGUGAUACAUCUCCAUCGGAUAGUUUGGGCGGCAGGUUGGUUGACGUGGAUGAAGAUGCAUUUUUUAAUAAAAGACAUUCGACCGAAUCUAAUUUUAGUAACAUGGGUUCACCAUCACAAUCUCCCCCUAGUUUUUCUAAUUCUAGUGGGACACCUUCGGGUAGAUAUGAUGUAUUUCAUCUAGCAGACUUUUCGGAUGUAAAUAAUUCGAGUAGAGAUAUGUCACAAUAUUCGACUAAUAAUAAUAAAGGUGGGGGAACAGGUUCAGAGUGGAAUGCGAAUGAAUCUUCAAUAAAAAGAGAAUCGAUAAAUAUGGACAUUGAUCAAAAAGAAGAGGCACGACCUUCACCAUAUUAUUUAGGAGGCCAAUCUAUGGAAAGAAAUGGUUCACGAAACGUAACUGACCAACCAAUGAAGCGAGAGGGGGAUUCAUCGUAUCAAUAUGUUAAGCGAGAAGAUGAAGAAUCUAAUUCUUCAAUGAAAAUACGUGAUUUAUUAAAUUGA